CUGCAUUUCCUAAAAUAAAAUUAACUAAGAAUAUGUUCUUAACUCUCAGCCUCACGAUAUUCCAAUUAUAUUAUACCGUUAAUUCAACCAAGUUACCAAUCAGCCUCGACGCUACUUCCCUGUCUUUAUAAAACCAGUAUUAAAAUAGACACAAAUUACCAUAAACUAGAUACAAACUACUCGAAUGAACAUUAAGAGAGUAUAUGGGGCAUUUUAUGUGGGUCAUUAAGAAUCUGCUUAAGUAUAUAAUUAGCAUCGAUAAACGUCAAACGCGAGGGAACGAGUAUGCGAAGGAUUAAUAAACGAUCUUGAAGUCCAGCGUGAUUUAUGUAUGACUCGGCUGAUUUUUUUCUAGGUUGCUGAUGGUGUGGGUGUUCGACGGCCACGUUUGGAACAUGAAACUUCUGGACCCCGACGUUUUCACGUCGUUCUCUUUAGCGUCCCUCACGGAACUUCCGGCCGCUGUUCUACUCGCCCUUUUCCUUGACAGAUGGGGCAGACGAUGGAUGGGUUUCGCAUCGGUGUUCCUCUGUGGCAUUUUCUCCUUCGUUGCCAUCGCUAUCCCUUCUGGUUCGACAAUGGUUGCCAUGGCGAUUAUAGCGCGUCUUGGGGUGAAUAUCGCCGCGAAUAUUGGUUUCCAAUAUGCAGCGGAAAUGCCGCCGACUGUGGUGAGAGCUCAGGGCGUGUCUUUGAUCCAUAUCAUCGGUUAUAUCGCCCACAUUUUGGGACCUUACAUUAUUUAUCUGGCUGACAUUGAUCCAUCUUUACCGCUGGUUGCCCUCGGUUUGCUGUCUUUUGGACACGCCUUCCUGACCCUUGGCUUGCCAGAAACGUUGAACCAGGAAUUACCAGAAACCCUACAGGAGGGUAACGACUUCGGCAAGGAACAAAGUUUCUGGUGGGUUCCGUGUAUAUCCUCGAGCAAAAUGCUGAAAAAAUCUUAUAGAAAGAAGAAAGGCCUUUCAAAUCCAGCGUUUACUGGCAGUGUUCAAAAAAUGGAUUGUACUAGGUUAUAGCGGUUAGAUUUGGCGACGGCGCGAAACUUGCCAGUGGCGCGAAACUUGCCAGUGGCGCGAAACUUGCCAGUGGCGCGAAACUUGCCAGUGGCGCGAAAUUUGCCAGUAGGGUGAAACUUACCAGUGGCAUGAAACUUACCAGUGGC